AUGGUAACUCACUUUCGUCUUGACUUGCACAAGGAACUUGAAGCUUCGUUCUACUUUUUGAGCUCAUCUGUAACGGUCAAUCCGAGAGUUACAGAUUUUAAUAUGACCCAAGGUUUAAUUACAGCAUUCAACGAGGAAAUUGCAAGGUGCUUCACCUUUGAGGAAUGCCUAAAAAAUAUUGGUGAUCAAAGUAAAUCUAAGGAUGAAUCUCAGACGUUUGACUCUGGACAGUAUUUAGGUUCAUUUCUAACUCAUUAUACAUUUCCUUCAAUACACUGGCUUGAUACGUGUUUGUAUGGGUUUGUUAUGCAAGCUUUGGAUAUCAAAGAGCAGAAACAUUCUGUUGACCAUUAUAAUCUAGAUAUACCGGAGGAUGAAGAUAUAAGCUAUGCCUUCGACCAUCAUUCAUUGGUAACAUCUCAGUUGCCUGAUUCAUAUGAUGAUAUCGUUCAAACUGCUGACGAAGUUAUCAAGGAAAUUGACAUUCUAAUGAAUAGUGAAGAAAUCCCUUUACCAUUGUGCAAUAUGGUUCAAUCGGAAUAUGAACGUCCUCUUGUAUCAGAAAAUGUUGGAAGUAGUUGGUUGCGUGAAGAAGCCCUUCAGAAUCUUUCGCCCAAUGAGCUUAAUGCAGUUUUGGAAGAGCUAGAAUCAUGUGUACGAGAAUAUUCUGCAAUUCUUGUUCAGGAGUUGGCAUAUCGUGAGGAGCUGGAUUUUGAACAAGAGCAGAAAGAUAUAUUUAUUGCACGCUUAAAUGAGCUACAUCGACGUCUUGAGCGUCGGCGCCGUUUAAGUAUGCCACCUGGAAGUCACAUUCAAAUGCUUUCAAAUUCUAUAGCAAUGGAAGACUAUGGCGAAAAAUAUCGAACUAUUGAGAAAAUUUAUUUACGUGCACAGUCCGCAGCACAAGCAGCGGUUGCUGCGACAUCAUCUGCUACAGUGGCACUGAAGAGGCAUUUUCAAAGACUGAGUACAUUUUCAAGGGACAAUUCAGCUACAACGGUAUAUCAAACAGACGCAUGUAAUCCCAUCUGCACACCAUCGAGAUUGUCAGCUAAUAAUCACAAUGGUAAAAUCUCAUCAGACAAAGAUGAACAAACAUCUGCCAGGGCUAUUGCCAUUUCUCGUUUACGAAAAUGGGCUGGCAGAAAAUCAGAAGAACCAUCUGAAUCAGGGCGUACCAGUAGUUUCAGGGCUUUUCUCCGUCGUGGACGUCAACAAGCAGAAACAACAACAAACGCUUUUAUACGCAGUCGAGAAGCACGUUCAGCGGUGACUAGUCCGACCUCAUCACACUGUGAUUUCCCUUCAAUACCUACCAAUUUAACGCAUUCUGCUUCUGGUCAUUUGAUUGGACGACCUGAAAUAAGCUCGGAUGAUCUUGAAUACAAGUAUUUAACUACCUCAGUUCCCUAUCAUCGAUCUCCCUACAAGGAAGGACCCACUGUUAGUCAGUUGGAGCUGUUCAACGACAUGCUUUUGGCUAUUCUUACGAAUAACCCGAAUCUCACACCUAUGCUCACUGAUUACAUACUAAAUGUUUAUGCUCCAGCAGAUCGUCGGUUAUCCAAACUUCCAAUAUAG